AAAAAAUACGAAAAAGGUGAAAAAAGGAAAAAGAAAGUCGACAAAAAAGAAGAAUCGAAGAAGGGUGAAAAAAGGAAGAAUCGAAGAGGAAGAAAGCAAAAUCGAAAAAAGAAAAUGAAGAAUAUGAAGAAAGAAAAAGAAUUGUAUGCACGUACCAAAAUGUUGGAUGAUAAACAUCUAAAAAAAGAGGGAUGUGUCUAUCGCCAAUUUACAUUAAUGUUAAUUUUAG